AUGACAGACGCUGAGGCGCAGAGCGCUCCAUCUGCUCCGGUGGAUGAUGACAAACUACUGGAGAGGAAGGUCUUAGCAACACUAGUCCAAGGCACAGUUAAAUGGUUCAAUGUUCGAAAUGGAUAUGGAUUUAUUAACAGAAAUGACACUCAAGAGGAUGUCUUCGUCCAUCAGACUGCUAUAAAGAAGAAUAAUCCUAGAAAAUUCCUCCGCAGUGUGGGAGACGGAGAAGUUGUAGAGUUUGAUGUCAUAGAAGCGGCUAAGGGUUCAGAAGCGGCUAAUGUGACCGGUCCUGGUGGUGUCCCGGUCAAAGGCAGUCGUUAUGCUCCAAAUAAAAGACGUUUCAGGAGGCGCUUCUUUCCCCGCAGCCCGCACCCCGGCGAUCAGCCCAAAGAGGGGGACGGGACUGAGGGCGAGGACUCCAGACCGCCACCACCUCGUCGCCGGAGACCACGCCGUCCAAGGCCACAGGAUGGUGAAGCUGUGGAGCAGAAUGGAGUCGAAGGUGAUCAGCAGACGGAACAACCGCAAAGACGAAGGUUCUGGCGCCAGUAUCGCAGGCCCUUCAGGCCACGUCAGCCUGCAGACCAGGAGGCGCCUCAGGAGGUGCCUCAGGAGGUGAAGGACUCUGAGCAGCAGCCUAAGGAACAAGUGGAGGACAAACCAACUCCUGAGGCUCCACAGACCAACGGCGAUGCCCCAGAGAGUCCAGGAGAACAGUCACGACGCCAGCAAAGGCGCCGCAAACAGAGGACCUCAGAGUCUUCAAACUCCAAAAAUGAUGCUGAAAAAUCUUCCUCUGAAAUGGAAACUCCGCCUCAGACAAAAAUCUUCAACACAGACGACAUCCACACAGUGACCAGCCGAGUAACGGUCAGGAGACUCAAGGCUUCAGGACCUAGGGUUGGAGACUGCAUAGUAAAGUCCGCACUGCUCUCCCAUACUAAAUUUCACUUUUCCUCAUGGUCUUUCAUCCUGUCACCUGCAUGUUGUCGAGACAUUACACAAUGA